CUGAAGCGUUUGGCAACCCGAGGAAAGUGGGGUCGUGGUGUUGAGGACAGCCGAGCAGAGCCAGAUGGAGAAGCGAGGCAGAGGCGCAAAGCCGUCCACGAACCAGUCCCCGGCGCCGCCGUCGGCGCCGUCCACGCCUCGGAAAGACAGAAGGCCUAGCAUGUUCGAGAAGGAGUCAUACGCACAGAUCUUAAGAGAAAGACUGAGAGAGUCUGUUCACGACAUUCAGUAUGGACCUCCAUUUGAUGACUCAAUUGCCGAAAUGGGCAAAGAGUGGAAGAGCGCCCUGGCAAAACUGAAGUUCGCUAAUUCGUACAGAAUGGAGCCACUGAAGAAAUUCCAAGCUAAUUCAGUAGAAGCUAAAGUCCAACAGAUACUAAAGAUUGCCAGCAGAUGGAUCUGGGAUGUUGCAUGGGACAGCUGGGUGGAAGCUAAACAUGAGACGGAGUCUUAUGUGGCACUGGUCUUGGUGUUUGCUCUUUAUUGUGAAUAGCUCAUUAGAUGUACUAAAGCAGUGCUCACUUCCCAGAUUCUUAGAAUAAAGGAAACUCAUUGCUCAUUAGCUAUGUUAUCUUAUCUUUAAUUGAAGCGUCUUCUUUUUUCUGCGGUACUGGGGUUUGAACUCAGAACCUUGAACUUGCUAGGCAAGUACUCUACCACUUGAACCAUAUCCCCAAUGUUUUCCGUUUUUAGGUAU